AUGGACAAGCCGGCAUUCACGCUGGCCCAGAUCAAGGAGGCAAUCCCGCCUUACUGCUUCCAGUGCUCGUUGAUCAAGUCCUUCUCCUAUGUGGUCUAUGACCUCGUCAUCAGUGCAUCCCUCUUGUACACCGUGUUGGUCUGGAUCCCAACACUCCCGAGCAUGCAACAGCUGGGCACAUGUCCGCUCUACUGGGUGCCUCAUUUUGAUUUUCUUACCUUGAGGGCUGCGACGAGGCAGACAGGUGGUGGGCAGCAACAAUAG